AUGGCGCUCCCAUUCCACAGUCUUACCGAUGCAAAGCCCUUCAAGUUCCUCGUCGGUACGACCGGCAAGCCCUUCUUCAUACACGCCAAACUUGCGGCUCAUCAAUCCAGUACUCUGGCCACCCUGAUCGAUGGUGCAAUGCUGGAAGCGGAGAGAAAAUUUGCUGUGUUUAACGAUGUGGACGAGGACACUUUCAUUCGCUUCAUGGAGUUUGCCUAUACCGGCGACUACUCUGUUGCUGAACCUGCUGUGGUCCUUCCCCCGCCAGAUCUUGAUGUUGAGAAUGGAGAUGGCAGCCGAGGAGGUGCUGACUCUCCGAUACUCGAUGCUUCAGACGCGUACCUCCCUGCAGACCCCCCCGAAGAGGCGCGAAGCGAAGAGCCCUACUUCGGCUUUCGGCCACCCCGAGCGAAGAAAGACAAGAAGAAAAGGAACACGGACCUUUGGGACUUUGGCGCAUCCCGAGCCAUCGUGAGAUCAUCGAGCCCGUGGAGACCGACCUCCAACACGGACGAUUCGGAGGACUAUACAUUGGUCUUUCUCUGCCAUGCCAAGCUUUACGUAUUCGCAGACAAAUAUAGCAUCGGACCGCUGCUGGAUCUCGUCCUAUUAAAACUCCGGCUCAAUCUGUCAACCUUCAACCUGCAUUCGCGACGGACUGGAGAUGUUGUCGAACUCUUAAAGUAUGCGUACGAGCAUACUGCGGAUUACCCGGAAGGAAUUGAUCGACUACGCGAUAUGGUUACUGAUUACGUGAUGUGCCAUCUUGAGAGGAUUGUCGCACAUGGCGACUUUAAGAAAUUGCUGCAGGAAAAUGGAGAUGUGGCCAAAGACCUCAUGCCCAAGGUGGUGCAACGACUGGACUAA